AUGAAAAUAAUUAAACCUACUAGCAACUCUCGCCGUAAUACUAUCCUUCUUAAUUAUCGAGAAGAAUUAACUCACCGCCCCCCCGCCACUCCCCGUCAACUGCUUCGUAUUCGCAAACCGCAAGCGGGUCGCAAUAAUCAAGGGAAAAUUACUGUUCGUCAUCAGGGGGGCGGACAUAAAAGGUUUUAUCGCUUUAUUGACUUUAAACGUCAGGGGAAGAAUGGUCUGCUGGGAAAGGUCAAAAGUAUUGAAUAUGACCCCAAUCGCACUUGCUUUAUUUCUCUUAUUAGUUACCAGGAUGGUAGUUAUGGUUUUAUUCUCACUCCCGAAAAGUUAAAAGUUGGUGAUACUAUAAUGAGCGGGGAGGGAGAAAACAUUCCCCUUCAACCUGGUAAUAGUUUACCUUUGAAAGAUAUUCCAGUUGGCACAGCUAUUCACAAUGUAGAAUUAAAGCCAGGGAAAAGAGGGCAAUUAGCCCGAAGCGCGGGCACUAGUGCGGAAAUAAUUGGACACCGAGGCAAAUAUGUUUUAGUGCGCUUGCCAUCCAAAGAAGUAAGAAUGAUACACGAAAAUUGUCGUGCUACUAUUGGCGAACUGGGCAACAAAAAACACAAUUUAGUAAGAAAGGGGAAAGCAGGGCGGAACCGCCACCGCAAUAUUCGUCCCACUGUCCGCGGUGCGGCCAUGAACGCGCGGGACCAUCCCCACGGGGGAGGAGAAGGCAAAGCCCCUAUUGGUCAUAAAUCGCCUUUAAGCCCCUGA